UAUUGCUAGCAAAUUUUGCAAAAUGGACAAGCGUCCACUAAGAAUGCACCCAAGACCACCCGCUCAUUUCACACAGCCCACUGAAAAGCUGUCAGAUGGCAAUGAAGUUUGGUCUCUGCUGUUCUGAGCUGAAUUUGAACCAGUGUUCUCAAUGUGAAAGGCUCCAUAUUCCCAUGAACCACCCAGUCUCCCUAGAACGGCUUCUUUGUAGUGGCUUUAAAAACAGAAAAGGAUAAGGUAAGUUAAACAACCAGUGCUGGAAUUAACAAUAAAGGUGUAAAGUCUGAGUAACGCACACCGAAGAACUGAUACUGUGUGUGAAAGCUACCCAACCUGUUCAGCUGGUUUCUGGUAUUGAGCUGGAUGAGAGCACACCCAGAAAAAUGUGUAUCUGCCUUUCCGGAACUGUGACCCGUUUGCACAGCAUAGCUCUGCUAUUGGUGUGACUUUUUUCUGGAAAGCAGUGGGUGAACAUUGUGCAUAUUUAAAGGCAUGACUUAACCCAGUGACCACGCAGCUUUCAUUGAGAGGAAAAAGAAGCUACCCCAGAGCAUUCUGCAUGUGGGAAUAUCUUUUUUGCAGAGAAAAUGGGCCAGAAAUUAUCACAGGAACCUAACGAGAAGAACAAGGCUGACAUUCUCAUUAUAAACGAGGUGUUCAGCCAAGGAGUGGUCCAUGCAUCUCAAAAGCUGAAAGAAUACCUUGGAUUUGAAGAUUCUCAGAGCAAAUUCCGCCCAGCCCUGGAUACUUUAAAUGAGAUCUUUUUGGUGAACUUCAUCAGUUUCUGUAUUGAAAAAGGAGUGGAGGAGCGUAUCACGACCAGCAAGAUGAUGAAGCAACAGUCUUUGCUGCUUGGGAUCGACUGGAUCUGGACUUUAUCAGGAGCCGACAAACAAAUCAAUCUUCAGAUCGCCGUGCAGUCUUUGCAGAUGGCUGAGCUCCUCCAUGAUGAAACUGGGCCCAGCAAGGAAGCCACGUUAGCAGACCAGCCUUUCAAAAACAAAAGCAGGUUUGAGAAGCUUCAAGAGUUCUGCACGCUGGUGGGACAAGACUGCCUGGGCCUCUUUAUAAUGUUUGGAGUGCCAGGGAAGCCUAAGGACAUCAGAGGAGUCAUGCUAGACAGCAUCAACAAGGAGAAACGAAAAAAUCACCUGUCAGGCGAGAAUGCUCUAAGGCAGUUCGUCUUGAACACUGACAGCUUCCUCUCCACUAAAGAAAUGCUUGAAAACUGCCUCUGUAAGAAAAAUGGGCUCAAGGAGGUGGGCAAGGUGUACAUUAACUUUCUUUAAACUCUUGGUUAAUGGUAAAAGGGCUGUGAACCCAAUCACCAAAGAAUAUCCAGUACUGGUCUUUCGAUCAUCUGCAUUUCUUUCUCACGCACACACUAUCGAACAUAGUUACUUAGUCCAGGCAGUUGAUUUUUAUAGGACCCAAGAUGAUUAACUCUCUCUAAUUUUUAAACCAACACUAUAUGCAUUCCAGAAAAUGUGUUUGUGCCAGAGGCUUAAUUUUAAAAAUAUUCUGUUCUUCAGAACUUUAAUACUCAACACCCAAACCUUUGAAAGAUCUUUUGAAAGAGUUGAGUUUACUACAUUUACUUAGAGAGUGGGGGCACGGCUUAGACAGAAAGUUGCUAUAAAGACAAUAUAUUUAUUUUUUUUAUUAUUUGGAAUGAGAGAGAAGGGCAACGAUACUAUGAUUUUAUAAUGCUGGGUGUAAAAUCUAAGUUGUUUCAUUAUUGCCUUAUUCAACCUGCUUUGGCAUGGGUGUAGACUGAAUGAUUGCAAGAAGCUUUCCUAUAUGUAACUCUUUUCACUAGUAAAUGGUAGUCUGUUAAUCGUUUAUUAUUGUAUUGCUGUAAUGCCUAGAAGUCCCAAAUGAAUUUGGAAUCAUACCUUGCAGAAAACACCGAGUAAGAGACAAAAUCCCAGCCCCAAAAAUCACUAACUAGAUGAGGCAGACAAAGUGGGGGUAUGUAGGAUUGAAAGAAAGCAUCAAUAUUUGGUUAAAGGAAAAUUGUCUUGCAGAGUAUUUUAAAGACUAAAAAUAGGGUGAAAUCCUGGCUUGACUGAAGUACAUGGGAGUUUUGCCAUAGACUUCAAUGGCAAUAGAAUUUCACACUGUCUUGUAAACUCCCCCAUGUAUUACAUAUGCUCUCUCUCUGCUUUUAAGAGGUACAAUUAUUUCACAGAUUAUUUUUUUCAACAUUUUAGGAUUUAGUCAUGCUCCAGUGUCAGCCACAUUCUUCAUUUUCCACCCUUCUCCCUGCCUAAUCUCGUUAGCAACAUGUGAGUUUCAGGUUGUAUAAUCCCAAAUACUUUCUUUCAAGGGAAAGCAAGUAGUGAUUAUGUAUAUAAGAGGAAUUUACAAAUUCACUGUGUAGUCACAAAUUAAAUGACUUUGGUUACUUGGGGGUGAUACUUUAAACCAGCUUACACCUUGAAGAGACUUUACGUUUUAUACAUGUGGAUAUUUAACUUUUGGGAUAUUAAGUUCCUUUUCACAAACCUUUUUCAUAUUUUUUCUACUUUAAGUUGUAUAGUCAAAUUUCUAUUUUAAUGUCAAAAUUUUAUUCAACAAAAUCAAACAUGUAAGAUUGAGAAUCAGUUAGCUGAUUUUACUGAAUUUGCAACCAUUGUGGCUAUGAAAAUGGAGAUAUUAAGGCCUGAUGUAACUCAGGCAUACCUCUGCUAAAGUCAGUUGCCUUACACCAGUAUAAAAGAGAGCUCAGAAUCAAGCCUGGAAUUCCUAGCAGAUUUCUGUGACGCAUGGAAUUAGGCCCAUCGAUGAACUGAAAAUACUAGAAGAAAAAAUAGUAAGGACACUGAAAUUUGUCUUUAAGUGAGCAGCCAAGAUCCACAACUAUUAGCUGUCCUAUUAGGAGAGACCUUGCAUAUGCUAAAAUGAUUCUUUGAGAUGAGGGUUGUCUACAGAAGUGGUUCUUAGUGUAGAUUUCAGUGUAUUUUAAGUAUUGAGGGGUUCAGUAAGGUGGAGAGGAUAAAACCGCUCUCUUAAAAAUGGAUACUUUGGCGGUGACUAUCCAGCUUUUUGUUUGAACUUGAUAGCACAUUCUAUUCCCUUCCCUUCAUUGUUCUUUGCAAGGAUUUUUAUAAAGUCCUGUGAAAGCCUCAGUUAUCCAUUAGUUUGAUAACUCUUAUUAAUGGAGUUAGUCAGGAAUGUUUUGUCAAAAUGGUUUGUUUCAACAAAAAAUGCUAUUUUUGCAACAUUUAAAUAUUUCAGUAGAAACUUUAGAUUUUGCUGAAUUUUUUCAGUUUUCUUUUGGGAAAAUCAAAGUGAAAUGUUUUGCUUUGGGCUGGGUUAACCUGAAUUGGAACAUUUCAGUUUGUCAAGACAAAUAGAAAAGUUUAGUUUCAGGUCAAUCUAUUAACCUGUGUUGUGGUACCUCAUGGGAGUUGUAGUUUUCAUGCCUCAAAUGCCAUGUAGAAAAGAGGGGAAGUUCAUGUAUUAUUUUUAUGAAUGGUAUGUGUGACUCAAUUUCUCUGCUUCCUUUCGCAUUGUUACACUGUGUUAAUUUCUUUCCUGGGACAAAGGAUAAGCACUGAAGAAAGCAUGCGUUGCAUAGGCAUUUAGAGGGAGGGAGAUGAAUGGUGUAUCAAGAACUGCCAAGGUUUGAAUGGAGUUACCUUGGAACUAUGCUAGAAGACAACGGGCUGGACCAGAGGGACAGGACACAUGAGAACAAUGUGACCAGACCUCUCAGACUCUAUCAUCGCUUACCUUGUAUGUGGGGAAUUUCCUGGAAUGGGGAGCAGUACCUCGAGGAGGACUGCUGGGGCUACCUCGUUGACCCAGCUUAAUAUGUUCAAUAAAACAAAUUGAGC